AUGGCUCGUGUAACUAGAACCACUAGUGGCAGUAUCCCAGUUAAGGCUGUCCAAGCACCUGUCGAAGCUCCUAAGCCAAAGAAGACCACAUCGAAGAAGGCCGCAACAAAGGCAAACACUGGAAAGAAGGUUGCUCCAACCAACGGCGCCAAGCCAGCCGGUGGUAUCAAGAAACCCACUGUCUCUAAGAAAUCCGCUGCCCCAAAGAAGAAGCCCACAGUUAUGGCCCAGCUUGAAGCUGCUGCAGAGGAAAUCGAAGAGGCUGCCGAGAAGGCUGCAGAGACCGUUGAGGAAAAAGUCGAGGAGGCUACUGCUGAGAAGCCAGCACCCAAGACGAAGACUCCCGCACCAAAGAAGCCUGUCACCAAAAAGGUUUCUAAGAAACCCGCCGUCAAGGCCUAA